AUGACUGCAGACGGCCAGAAAAAUAUUGUGAUUAUUGGCGGUGGCAUUAUUGGAUGCACGUCUGCCUAUUUUCUCACUCGACAUCCAUCAUAUGAUCCGAAAAAGCAUAAGAUUACCCUGUUGGAAGCCACCAAGAUUGCUGGCGGCGCGUCGGGCAAAGCAGGCGGUCUUCUGGCGUUAUGGGCAUAUCCGAGCAGUCUUGUGCCUCUAAGCUACAGAUUACACAAGCAGCUUUCGGACGAACAUAACGGAGAAGAACGCUGGGGCUAUCGCGCAGUGCACUGUGGGCAAGUCGAUUGUAUUGGCAGGAAUACAGCUGCGAAGAGUGUAGUGCAUGGAAAGAAUGGAGACAUGAGUGGYGACAAUGGUGAAGUUGCAGAGAGCGUCAGCUUGCAGAAACGAAGCAAAGAAGCGAUGAGCAAACUUCGGAAAGCUGGUGUGCCGGAAGACCUCGACUGGGUCAGUUCAGAAAGUCUGAGGAGGUAUGAGGAGAUGGGAGAUCCGAGUACGACUGCACAGGUGCAUCCUUUCCAAUUCACGACUUCCGUGGCGGAUCUUGCACAAGAGAAAGGUGCAGAGAUCAAAACCGAAGCGAGUGUCAAGCAGAUCAACUUUACUGCUGAUGGAGAGAGCGUUGAAAGUGUCACCUACACACAAAAUGGUCAGGAUCAGACUCUUCCGGCUACAGACAUUAUACUCGCUGCUGGACCUUGGACGAGAUCUGUAUAUCCUUCGGCUCCGAUCGGCGCAAUGCGAGCACACUCCGUCACGAUCAAACCUUCGAGACCUGUGAGCGCUUUCGCACUCUUCACUCAGAUCAAGCUGCCCUCAACAUUCACGCCCAAUCCAUCUCACAGUGGCCAGUUUGUCACACCAGAAAUCUACGCGCGACCUAGGAAUGAAGUCUACGCUUGUGGAGAAGGUGAUCACGCCGUUCCCCUCCCUCCUACAUCUCAAGAAGUUGAAGUCGAUGAGCAACGUUGUCAGGAAGUUGUUGAUUUCGUCUCUUCGAUAUCGGACGAGCUGAGGGAUGGUGAGGUUACGGCCAGGCAGGCUUGCUAUUUGCCUUCGGUCGUAGGGAGUAAUGCUCCGUUGGUAGGACCUACAGGGGUGAAUGGGUUGUGGAUGGCGGCGGGGCAUACUUGUUGGGGAAUCAAUAAUGGGCCGGCGACGGGGAAGAUUGUUAGCGAGUUUGUGUUUGAUGGGGAGAAGGGUGUGAAGUGUGCAAAGGUUAAGGGGUUGGAUCCGAGGGAGUAUUUGUAG